ACCUCCCUUAGCUGCUGCCUUGCCGCGUUGCCGGCGCACUCGCAGCCCGGCGGACACCAGGAGGCGGAGGCGGGACAGCCUGGGGUCCGAGAGUGCAGUCUAGCGGCCCCAGGGCCAAAGUUUGCCAGCAGCCCCGGGAGGCCAAGCGGGCGCUACGUGUCGCCUGCAGCCCUCUCUCGCAUCCUCACCCGGGCAUUGCUGCAAGGGGGAUCGAGCUGCGGCCCGGCCAGCUCCGAGGCGGGGACGCCGCGACGGGAACUUAAGGAACUCCAGUCCAUAUGCAAAGAACAAUCUUAAACUUACAACUCUCUGACUCCCUCUCCCAAGUGCCAGGUUAUCAAGGCCCAAGAGGGAUGUGAAGCCCCAAAAUGACCCUGUUACCGGGAGACAACUCGGACUAUGACUACAGUGCCCUGAGCUGCACCUCAGACAGCUCCUUCCACCCAGCCUUUUUUCCACAGCGCCAGGCCAUCAAAGGUGUCUUCUACCGCAGGGCCCAGCGGUUGCACCCGCAGGACGACCUGCACCAGGGCAGCUCACUUGGGGACCGCAGGCGCCAGAUCAUCAUCAAUGUGGGUGGCAUCAAAUACUCGCUGCCUUGGACCACGCUGGAUGAGUUCCCGCUGACACGGCUGGGCCAGCUCAAAGCCUGCACCAACUUCGAUGACAUCCUGAGCGUGUGUGAUGACUAUGAUGUGACCUGCAAUGAGUUCUUCUUUGACCGCAACCCUGGAGCCUUCGGCACCAUCCUCACCUUCCUGCGGGCUGGCAAGCUGCGGCUGCUACGGGAGAUGUGCGCCCUGUCCUUCCAGGAGGAGCUGUUGUACUGGGGCAUCGCCGAGGACCACCUGGACGGCUGCUGCAAGCGCCGGUACCUGCAGAAAAUCGAGGAGUUUGCCGAGAUGAUGGAGCGGGAGGACGAGGAGGAACCGCUGGACAGCGAGGACCGAGACACUGAGGGUCCGUCCACCAGUGAGGGCCGCCUGGGCCGCUGUAUGAGGAGGCUGCGGGACAUGGUGGAGAGGCCACACUCAGGGCUGCCUGGCAAGGUGUUUGCCUGCCUGUCUGUUCUGUUUGUCACCGUCACCGCCGUCAACUUAUCUGUUAGCACCCUGCCCAGCCUGCGGGAGGAGGAAGAACAGGGUCAGUGUUCCCAGAUGUGUUACAACGUCUUUAUCGUGGAGUCGGUGUGCGUCGGUUGGUUCUCCCUUGAGUUCCUGCUACGGUUCAUCCAGGCGCCCAGCAAGUUCGCCUUCCUGCGGAGUCCACUGACCCUCAUCGACCUGGUGGCCAUCCUCCCGUACUAUGUCACACUGCUGGUGGAUGGCGCUGCCUCCAGCCGCCGCAAGCCAAGCACGGGGAACAGCUACCUGGACAAAGUCGGGCUGGUGCUGCGUGUGCUGCGGGCUCUGCGCAUCCUCUAUGUGAUGCGCCUGGCCCGGCACUCCCUGGGGCUGCAGACCCUGGGGCUCACAGCCCGUCGCUGCACGCGCGAGUUCGGGCUUCUGCUGCUCUUCCUGUGUGUGGCCAUUGCCCUCUUUGCGCCACUGCUCUACGUCAUCGAGAACGAAAUGGCUGACAGCCCCGAAUUCACCAGCAUCCCUGCCUGCUACUGGUGGGCCGUCAUCACCAUGACAACCGUGGGCUAUGGAGACAUGGUACCUAGGAGCACACCUGGCCAGGUGGUGGCUCUGAGCAGCAUCCUCAGUGGGAUCCUGCUCAUGGCCUUCCCUGUCACCUCCAUCUUCCACACUUUCUCACGCUCUUACCUGGAGCUCAAGCAGGAACAAGAAAGGGUGCUGAUCCGCAGGGCCCAGUACCUCAUCAAAACCAAGUCGCAGCUCAGUGGAAUGUCCCAGGACAGUGACAUCUUGUUUGGAAGUGCCUCUUCAGACACCAGGGAUAACAACUGAGGCCAGAAAACAUCCCUGCCCUGCCUGCCAGCUGCGGCUUCAUGCAACCACCGUCACCAUUGAAGCCUGGAGAAGGACGUUAGCACUUUCAAGUCCUGCCCUGGCCCGGGACUGGCCACAAGAAGGAUAUGAUCCACAUCACUGAGAGUCCCUGCCCUCCCUCAGAGCCCAGAAGUGAAAGGGAAGCGAGCUGAGGCCAGCACCUCACCCAACCCAGCCUCACAUGUGUUUCCCACCUUCAGGAGCCGACUGGCUCCUUUCCACAUGUAAAGAAGACAGCAGGCAGCCACACAUGACUUUAAUGCAUCCACUGGAAAGGGGAAAGCCCUCCACUAGGGCUCUGAGGAAGGAGCUGUGUCUCUAAGUGAAGCCAGCAGCAGGGUGGCAGAAGUGAAAGGGCCAUGUUGCUGGGGUCUCAGGGCUAGUGAGACCCCAGUGGGAUGGGAGAAAAGGGAACAGACAGACCCUUAGGGAGACCACCAUGAAUGCUGUGCUCCUACUGCUCCUGACUCCCAAGCCUGUCCUUCAUCCUUCUUCCUGCUCAUCCCCACCCUGUCUUCUUUCACUCCUUGUGACAGCCCCCUUUCCAGACUCCCCGCAUCCCGGUGAGGGGCACCAUAAGCCGGUCAGCUCUACUGACUUUAAAGGUGAAAUUGCUUCAUUUUAUGGCUUAAAAUAAGUGGGAUUUUAGCCUACUCCAAUUUAUUUUAAUAUUACAACAACAAAAAGGAGCACUUUAUACCCUUUACCAGAUCCUCAGUCUAAACCCACAGUGGGCCAGUGCUUCUUGCAGAUGCAGCCCUGGGAAGUCUUGGGAGUGUGUGGAACCUCCUCUGUGCCCACAAAGGGAGCUACUCCCUGCCUGGUCUCAAAAGCAUAGUUUGUGCACCAAGAGGGACCCCAGGCCAAGCUAGAAGACUCCAUCUCAGCUCACUGUGUCUGAGUCCUGGGUGUCUAGCACUGAGGGGAUGUCGAACAUGCACAUGUGCACAUGCACACACACUUGUCCCCAGCCUCACAGGUGAAACAGCUUCCCUGACUGCUUUAUCCCACAUCCCAGCUGCCUUCUCUCUGUUCAGCAUCAGAAAUUGCACAUUGAGACAUUUCUGGUUCUGACUGUGGACUGUGCAGCUCAAAUCCCUGCCUGUUGCCACAAUCUCCAGCUUUUCCCACACCUGAUUUUCACAUGAAAACAAACCUGACUCUGACUUCCCUCACAUUUGGUCCCAUCCUGUCCCAAUGCCUCAAUGUACCCAGGUGAGGUACUGUAAUGUAACCAGAGCCUGUCUCCAUGAGGGAGCUAAUGGCUGUCAACACCUGUCCAGACAGUCCUCUGGCCCCUCCCACACCUCCACACCUGUCCAGACAGUCCUCUGGCCCCUCCCACACCUCCACACCUGUCCACACCCUCAAGCCUCCCUUCAGACAUACCCAGCCCACCCCAUCUCGUCGUGGGCCUUCACUCCUGCAGGCCAUCUGCUGGAAUGCCCUCCCCAUGGAACACUGCAUGGCUAACUCAUUCCUUUCACUGCUUCCCUGUCCUGAGCACCACUCCUGCAGCUUCCGAUUGUCUCCUUUCUCUGCUGGAUCUUCACCAGCUGAAACUCAUUUCUCUGCUCCUGAGCUCUGGUUCGUCUCCUACAGGACCAGCUCAGUGCAUACUGGUAGGAACUCUCAAGUGGUUCCCUCCCUGCUGCCUCCCAGGACCUCGUGCAGGUUAGCACCUAAGAGGUGCUCAGAAAACAUUUUUGCAAAGCAGAAUAAAGGGGAAAUAGCAAAAAGGAACAGAGAUGGGAAUGUAUCCAUUACAGCUUAGACCUGUACUGUCCCUGACUAUCUAGAGCCAUACCACCCCAAAUGUGCCUGAUCUCAUGUGAAAUGUCACCCAGAAGCUCACAUGUCAAAGACUUGGUUCCCCAUACAGAGGUGGGACCUCUGGUAAUGGGGUCAUGAGGGCUCUGACCCCAUCAAUGGAUCAACCCAUGACAAAUCCACAGCUUGCCUGACCACGGGGAAGCAGAAGAAACUUAGAGGGGGUUGGGCCUGGUUGGAGGAAGUAGAUCAUCAGAGAUCUUCCCUUGAAGGUGUGUUGUUCCAGGUAACUUCCUCUUGGUUUUUCUCUGCUUCUGGUUCCAGUGAGGGGAGCAGCUGAGUUGCACAGCAUACCCCUAUUGGGAUGCUGCACCUUGAAGUGGGCCAGAAACAAUGGAGGCAAAUGACCAUGGACUGAGACCGGAAACCAAAGUAAACCUUCCCUCCUUUGAGCUGCUAUCCUCUGGUGUUUUGUCAUAGCAAUGGUAGCUGUCUGUCACCAAGUUUAUUUUUUAACACCAGAGCCUGGGUCCCUGGAGCACCCACACACACAUCUUCUCCUUACCUCACGGGAAGACAUAGCCAUCUCUGCACGGCAUACCCACAAGCAGGCAGAGUGGAAAUACCAUCCAAACCCCGAGGGCCUCCUUUAAAGCUCCUCUGACGCCUGCUUCAGUGACUCAGCUCUGCAAAGAAACUUUUCCUACUAAUUAGCAUCACCUUCCCUGACCCAGCAGAUGUCACAGCCCAGCCACUUCAGGGUGGCACCUCAGAGUGGUGGGAUGCUCUUUCCCCCUCAAAAGUGGCUGUGAGGAACAGUCUAUGAAUGCAUUAAGCAGAGUGUAGAGGGAGCCUUCUGAAGGCGGAGUGUGAAAAUAAAUGCCACUUGUUGGGGAGGGGACCCUCCAACUGAAAACAGGGCCUAGAGUGUGUGGAGAAGCUGUGGGGUCUGUGGCUGGAAUCUCUAACCUUACCUUGUAGGUUUAGCUCUGCCCUGGUAAGUAAGGCUGAAACAUAGAUUGGCCAUCACCCAGGACCUCACCUGGGGAUAAGAGGCUCCAGAUUCCACCAACAUAGCGAAGAGGACUCAGGCCCAAACUAAGAGACAGGGCACCUAGGACACCCAGCAAACUGUUCUAGAACGGAGGGUAAUCUCUAGGCCAGGCAUUUUGUCCUCAUAGGCAAGGACUCACUGUCCAUGGGCCAUCUGAGGCUGCAAGACAGUUGUGGUCAGACCCAGAGGAGAGAUGCAUUGGUCUGGUGUGACCUGGUGACCUUGCCUCACCUGGCCAGGCCCUGUGCCGACCCUGUUGGCCUUGUGUGAAAACCUUGGCUCUAGAACAAUUUAGGAGACUUGGCAGCGUCAGUCUGUAAGUCACAUGGCUGUCCCUCCCUAGGACCUGUCAGACACUUCAGAGUCACAGCAGACAGGAGCAGAAUCCCAGCCCUGCAUCGGAGUGGCCUGAAACCAAAGUGCGGUGACUGGGUACCUGUCUUUGACACCAAAGAGAGGGAAAAACCAGAAGACUCAGGUACCUCAACACUUCCAGUUUCAGAAUCCAAACCCUGCCAAACAUGUCAAGAUUUCACAUGAAAACAAACCUGACUCUGACCUCCCUCACACUUGGUCCCACCCUGUCUCAAUGCCUCAAUGUACCCAGGUGAGGCACUGUUACGUAACCAGAGCCUGUCUCCAUGAGGGAGCUAAUGGCUGUCAACACCUCAGUUGUGGGCACAGCAUCUGUCCACAUCCUUUUAGAAGGAUCAGGGAGCCAUCAGCAACACCCUCUGCUCAGCCAACCCUGGGGACCAAGGCCUGAUCUUUGUGAGGUCCACACAGUGAUAGGCAGAGAAGUCGUGAACACGCAAACUUGGCAGAAAAGACACUGACUGUGGGCAAUGCUGGUGACUUCGCAGAGAGUGACAGGGUGGGCGAGGCAGAACACAGCCCCUUAUGUGGAGGCCGGUGAAGAAGUCUGUGACCCCCGGCCACUCCAGAGGCCAAAGCAGAAGCAUUGUCUACCCAGUGCUUGCCUGGGCUCCAGGGGCCAUCCUGGGCAACUCUGGGAGAUUCUGUCUCCAAGUAAAAAGUGCAAAGAGGGUGGUGGGGUAGUAUUCAGGGACACAGCAUUCCUGAGGCCUUAUUACCUCAGGAAGGAUUUUUAAAUGUUUGUCCAGAGAGGGACUUGCAGAGGAGCCUGAUGACACUAAAUACAGAGAAUGGCGAUUCAAGCCGAGAGAAGGGCUGGCCGACACGUCCAGAGAUGCCAUUCCACCAGCCCUGCAGAGAGCUGAGGACAGACGCACACACUGCUGGACCACCUCAGGAACCCACUGUGCCGGCAUCGGGGCCUGGCCCCUGACUCCCUCGGCUGCCCCAUCUCGCCGUCUCCCUCAUGCCUCUUCAGCUGCCCUGCCUGCUUACAUCACCCUCUCCUGGCUCUGGGCUCCAGGUCCACCCCACCACCUCCCAGCUGAACCAGGUCUUCCUGGUUCUUCUUUCCUGCCCUCGGUCCUGCAGCCCAGGGACCCUGUCCGAUCUUUCACAUCUGCUCAGAACCCAGCCCUGCCUGGCACCUUCACCCCUGACUGUGGUACAAACACAAACACAAUAUCUCCGGGCAUUUCUUCCUUUUUGUCUUCACCAGCAUCACCAAAGACCAAGGGCAGUUGCUACUUCCUGGGUCUCAGUCCCUAGAGACAGUCGGUAUCCAACCCACCUCCAGAGCCCUGAUCCAACCACUUCCCGCAUGGGGUGACCACCCCAGCACACAGUUCCUGCGCCAUGUGCAUUAGAACCAGGAACCAGGCGGCAAGGGAUGGUCCCUGUGACCCAGAGACUGCUAAGGUUCCUCAAAUAAGCCAGUUCCGUAUCUGUCCACUCGCCCCCCCUCACCUGUCCUCCCUCACACAGAAGCCACAGGCCUCCUAGCCCCCUGGCAUCUCCCUGUGCUCCUCUCUUGGAGUGACAUGUUCUCUACCCUUGACAUGCAUGACAGGCUGAUGUACUGUCCUCACAUGCUUCAGUAAGGGUCAAGCCUUUACUCAUUUAUCUCGUGGUGGAACCCAUGGCCGCACACACGCUAGGCAGGGACUCUCUCUACCCCAAGCUUUGCUUCCAGACCUCUUUUUACUUUUCAUCUUCAGACAGUCCA